GUCAAUGUCAUCUAGUCACUAUUUUGUAUUAAGUAUUGAUUCUGUUUAUUUGUCCUUGUUCUCAAUUUCCUCUUUAAUUUAAAACAGAGAUUUCACGAAAAUGUCUUCUAUUAUACAAAAGUGCAAUGAUGAUAAUAUACCCUUGGCGGAUGAUGAUCCACAAGUGAUAAUUACUGAUGACGUAGAAAACAACCGCCUAGACCACGGCCGAUCAAUGGACUCAUUGCCUAGUUCUUACACUGGUGGCUCGUCUAGCCCUGGCCUAAAUGGUCCACCUAGUUUCGAACCAGACUCGGGAAUUGAUGAACAAGAGGAAAAGGCUAGAUUAAUAUCACAAGUUUUAGAAUUACAGAAUACUUUGGAUGAUCUCUCACAAAGAGUUGAUUCUGUAAAAGAAGAAAAUUUGAAGCUACGAUCCGAAAAUCAAGUCCUGGGCCAGUAUAUAGAGAAUUUAAUGUCUGCAUCAUCAGUGUUUCAGUCGACCACACCUAAUAUUCAUAAGAAGUAAAAGACAUGGAAGCACAAUACUUAUUUUUUUUUUAUUUUUUUUUUUUAUUUUGAUAUACUUAUCUACUAGUAUUAAAAUAAAAAAGUUUGUAAUAAGAAGGAGGCUUAGCUUUAAAAGCACUACUAUUGCAACACUUAUGGGUACUGCUAUUCAAUAAGCUAGGAAACUGCAGGGAACUCAUCUAGAUCUUGUUAUUGCAUAGUAAUCUGACAGAGAAUUUUUUUAUAGCAAUAUUUAUCUAUAUUUGCCAAUGUGUAUACAACACCAAUAAGAAACAGUUGAAACUAGUUUUUUUUUUAAUUCUCAUAGGAAAUUUCUAAACUGUUUUCUUAGUGGAUGCCUUAUACAGGAGGAGUUUCUAGUAUUUCACUACCUACAACAUGCACUUGUGAUGUUUUAUCUAUGUAUUUGCUUCCCCAUUGACAUACCUAAAUUAUAGCAGUUCUCAAACAUAUAGGUGGAUUCAUUCAGCUGUUUCAAUUGUCUAAGUGAUAAUAUAAAUAGAAUGUAUAUUUAUUAAUAAAAUGUUGCUUAAAAUUAGAUAGAUGCAAAGAGAAAUUUUAUGUAAUGUGAACAUUGAGAAUGCCUUGUACAUGCAUUAUGACUGUAUAUUUAUAAAUUUAUAUUUUAUAAAUAUAGAAUAUAUUGCAAACAGUAUAUAAUGUAAAAAAAAAAAUUAAAUCAUUACCUAACAAUAUAAUAAUUAUAUUAAAAUUUCGAAUAGUAAUAUACAUUCCAACAACAUUUACAACAUCUAAUACUCGUUUUGCUACUUCAGAUACACUAUAAAGUUAAAUUAAAUUAAAAUAGAAUAAGAAUAUAAAACAAAUUGUAAGGAAAAAAUAACAUUAAAAGAAGAAUAAUUGAAUAUGAUACAUCAGUAUAAUUAACAUGCUAACAUUAUUCAAUAAUGUUUGUGUCGCCAUUAUAUUGCUUUUAUCCAAUGAUCUGGUCUUGAUACAGUAUAUUUUCUGUUCCAAUUUGUCUUCACAAAAUUUGUAAUGUUAUGAUAAAUUAUUGUUAAUAUAUAUAUAUACACAGAAUUGUGAUUAGUUACUUUAACACCAAUGUAAUUUUUUUAAAACUAUAAUAAUAUUUCAGCUAUAAUAGUGAAACACAUACUUUUUUUUAUAAAAGAUGCACAGUGAUAUCUCUUGCUUGAAACACUGGACUGGCAAACAUUUCAGCUUUACAGGUGAAUUCAAUUAAAUAACACUACAUUCCAGUGUCUGGACAGUAUUUACAAAGAAUGUCCAAUUAGAUUACCAGCCAGUAAACAAAGGUUUCAGAUUACUAAACCUCCGAUGUACCUACAGUAGCGCCUAUCAGAUGCGUUGUAUGCUUAUUGUGAUGUUUAUUUAAAAUACACUUUUGAUAUAAUGCUCUCAUGAACUUUUGACUGUUAUGUAACCAAAUGUAAUCUCAGGUAUCUCAGAUUUAUUAUAUAUAAGCUUUUAAAUAAUAAUAUAAUUUUUAAGAAUUUUAA